ACUCAUACGGUUGCAAAAUCAUUAUACAAUUAAUAUACUGAAAGAACUAGCAAAUAUAUACAGAAACCUACUCUGAGUGAUAUCUCUUUAGAUAACAAUAUAUAGUGCCUAGAGCUGGAAGUAUAUAUGCCUAUACUAUAGAGCCGUCCCACAUUGCCCGCUUGGCUGAACAUACCUGUGCGAAUGAAUAGCAUACCUGGUUCAAUUAGUGUGACAGCCGAACCACGCACUUUGGAAACUGGCAUUGCUGUACACAGGAGGAUACGGGUAUAUGAAAGUAUAACGAUGGCCAGUCCGGGGACCUCACGCUCCAGUGACGCUCGCUCCACCAUCAGAAAGAAGUCCACUCACAGGACUCCGUCUCUGACAAGAAAAGACACCAAGAUGUCAACGCCAACCACACCAAACCUUUGGAAGACUCCUCAUCAGACCAACACUGCAGUGGACUGGCAGGAAAACAAGACCCUGUCCGAAUGUACGCUUCACAUGUUAGACCACCAGGUGGCGUGUGAUGUUCACUUCCGGGUUGGGCAGACGAGAGAAAACAUUGGUGCGCACAAGUUCCUGCUCAUCAGCCGGUCGAGCGUCUUCUUUGCGAUGUUCCAAGGUCCGCUGGCAGAAACCAAGGAGGAGAUUGACAUCCCGGAUAUUGACCCGGAAGUAUUCUGGGAGUUCCUCAGGUUCUUGUAUGCUGAAGAGGUGAACCAUAGUGUAAGGACAGUGAUAGGACUAAUCUACGCUGCCAAGAAAUAUGCAGUCAAGAGGCUGGUCAUGUCCUGUGUGAAGUUUGUGGAGAGUUACCUGACUAUUGAGAACGCUUGUGAAGUCCUGGAACAAGGAUACAUCCUAGACGAACUGGCUCAAGCCAUCCUGAACUUCAUCAACCAGAACGCCAGCAGUGUCCUGGCAACUGAAGGUUUCCGGAACAUAUACCAACCCUGUCUGAACCAGGUCCUGGGUUCAGAUCAACUGGAGGUCGAGGAGGUGAAGGUCUUGGAAUCAAUCCUCAUCUGGGCAGAUGCUCAGUGCCAAAUGCAAAGAAUAGAACCGACGGGUCCAAACAGAAGACAGGUGCUUGGAGAUUCGCUGGACUGUGUCCGAUUUCCUCUCCUUGACCCCCGGUAUUUUGUCGACUCUGUGGCCCCUCAGGGAUUUUUCACCAAAGAAGAAUGUUUCACUAUGGUUCAGUGUUAUGCUAUUCCCGAGCGGUGGACCCAGUGUUUUAAGUUCGGGACAAGAACUAGAAACAUCAAGGAGUAUCGCGUGUGCAGUCGGUUCACCGAGGUGGACGGACCCAGGGACAGCUAUGGAACAGACGCGGUGAAACUGAUUUGUUUGAAAGAGAUCUACCUCCAUGGCUACAGUAUUUACGGCCCCUUCGAUGGAAACAAUUCAGAGUAUUGUAUUAACACUGUCCUGUAUGACAAGAAUGACGACAUCAUACAUGCACAGGUCACCAAGGUUGUGGACAAUGCCAAAUAUCUGAAAGUCAUGUUCAACGCAAAGCUCAAACUCGAUGGGAAUGUCUGGUACACGCUGUUAGUCAAGAUUCGAGGUCCUCCAACCUUUAAAGGACAUAACAGCAUAUCCUUCGUAAAGAACAGUGAUGUGACCUUGACCUUUGCCUACUGCAAAAAGGGUACACGGGACACGUCAGGGAAGGAGGGACAGAUUCCACAACUGUUCUAUACACUAGUUGAUGCGGAAAAGGACUGAUUUCUUCGUCUAUUCAGGAUAGAUCCAUGCGUAAUUCAGUGACACUCCCUUACUGAUAGACCAGGUUGGGCGACACGGUGAAUAUACAGAGGAACCAGAUGCAUGUCUACAUGUCUCAGUGCUUUUCUGGUCUAGGUUUAAAGCGUGUACAUGUAAUUCGUGUGAAACUGAAACGGACUCUGUGAAACAAGAGAACUACUGAUACUCAUACAUUCAAAUUGACAGAGACAGAAGUUUUUGCAUGACUUUAAUCAAACUUGUUAUGGCAGCCAAUGUUGACCCAAGGCCAGUUCUUUCCCUUUAUCCAAGUGAUAUAUGGGAGUUUAUGGCUGUCAAUUUAAAUCCAUGCUUGCAGCAUUGCUAAAAUUCACAAACUUGAGUUCAGUGCUAAAAGGAACUGUUUCAUAAAGGGGAUGACACAGGAUGGAGUGCGUGCGUGCGUGCGUGCGUGCGUGCGUGCGUGCGUGCGUGCGUGCGUGCGUGCGUGCGUGCGUUCGUUUGGUAGGGGCGGGAGGGUUAAUUGACCCAAUGACCUCGCUGUCAGAUCACAAAAGAAAAGAUUUUUUGAUAAAUUAACGAGAAACGAUUUCACAAGAAAAGUGCCCGUGAAGAUACGGGUUAGAAUAGGUCUUCAGAAACCAUGCCAUGCCUGUCGUAAAAGACAACUAUGCUUUUCGUAAGAGACAUCUAACAGGAUUGGGUGGUCAGGCUCGCUGACUUUGUCGAU